GAAUUUCAUUUUGGAGAUAUCGUGUCGUCGUCUUCCUCUCAACUCUCGCUGACCACCAGAAGCCCCUCCUCUCCUCGCCGACCCUUCCGAUCGCUUUCCGACCCGCUCGCCGGCGGAUCGGAGAUGGACGGCCAUGGGGGACUCGGAGUUCCGGCGAGGAGGAGCGUAGCCGGGAGGAAGAAGGCGUCGGAGAACGGGAACCCUGAUGGAGGGCGGAGGCAUCUCUCUUCUCGUUCCUCAUCUCUUGGUGGUGAAAGAACUGUAAGAAGACUACGAUUGAGUAGGGCCUUAACUAUACCUGAGAGUACAACUGUCCAUGAGGCAUGCCGCAGAAUGGUUGCUCGUAAGGUGGAUGCUGUGCUGUUGACAGAUUCAAAUGCAUUGCUUUGUGGGAUCCUGACAGACAAAGACAUCACAACAAGAGUUAUUGCCCGUGAACUCAAGCUAGAGGAAACACCAGUUUCGAAGGUCAUGACUAGGAAUCCUCUUUUUGUUCUUUCAGACACAUUAGCUGUGGAAGCACUGCAAAAGAUGGUUCAAGGGAAGUUCAGGCAUCUACCUGUUGUGGAGAAUGGUGAAGUCAUUGCGUUACUUGACAUAGCAAAAUGUCUAUAUGAUGCCAUUGCACGAAUGGAAAGGGCUGCUGAAAAAGGUAAAGCAAUUGCAGCUGCUGUUGAAGGGGUGGAGAAACAAUGGGGAACAUCAAUUUCAGGUCCUAAUACAUUUAUUGAAACUCUUCGAGAGAAAAUGUUUAGGCCAUCAUUGUCUACCAUCAUUCCUGAGAAUCCAAAGGUUGUUGCCGUCUCACCAACUGACUCUGUGUUAACCACAACAAAAAAGAUGCUAGAGCACAAAUUAAGUUCUGCAGUUGUAACAGUUGAUAAUAAGCCUCAGGGAAUUCUGACUUCAAGGGACAUCUUGAUGCGUGUGAUUGCACAGAAUCUUUCUCCGGAUUCAACUCCUGUGGAAAAGGUCAUGACUCCAGAUCCUGAAUGUGCAACAAUUGAUACACCCAUUGUUGAUGCUCUGCAUAAAAUGCAUGAGGGGAGAUUUUUACAUCUUCCUGUCAUAGACAGAGAUGGGAACAUUGUUUCUGUAAUUGAUGUGAUUCAUAUAACCCAUGCUGCAGUGGCCACGGUGGGAAAGAGUGGAGGAAUUGGAAGUGAGUCUACAAGCAGCCUUAUGCAAAAGUUUUGGGAUUCUGCUAUGGCACUACCUUUGGAUGAUGAUGAUGAUUCUCGCAGUGAAGGGUCCACAAAAUUUACAUCUGAAGGAACAGAAAUGGGGAGACUUGCUUCUUAUCCACAUUCAAGCUUGUCCGAUAACUUCGGCUUCAAGCUUGAGGACAAAAAGGGCAGAAUGCAUAGAUUUAAUUGUGAAACUCAAACCAUUACAAACCUUGUAACCUCUAUUCUUCAGAGAGUUGGUGAUGACAUUGAUAGGGAUCAUCUUCCUGAAAUUUUGUAUGAAGAUGCAGAACAUGACAAAGUGCUGCUGGCAUCAGACAGUGACCUGGCAGCUGCUGUGGAACAUGCAAGGUUAUCUGGCUGGAAGAGUUUAAGGUUGCAUUUAGACUAUUCUGGUUCCGGUGUUCAGAAAAGAGGUGGAAGAUCUGGAAGUCUCGAUGUUUCUCAUAAAGAUGCAUGGGCAUCUGCAUAUAGCACAGUUGCUGCUGGCGCUGCACUUGUUGCUGGACUCGGAGUGAUGGCCUACUUGAAACGAUCGUCCUGAUGUUCUUGUGGUUCAAUCAGUUUCAAGAUCUCUUGCAAUGCAUGAGAUAUCAUUACAACAAUUACUGCAAACAGCAAGAAAAUGAUCAUAAUAUUGCUGCAUCUUAUAUAUAAUCUGACUGGGGUAUGCAGAAUCUCAUCAAACAAUACCAUACAAUUUUAUCAGGAUACUCUUUGUUGAAAGAACACUUGCAAUGGGCUUGGUUUGUAAACUAAAAAGAAGAAGAAAAGUUUAUUCUGCUUUUUAAUUUUUUGAUGUCCCUAGUCCAAUCUGCAAUUCAAUUUGUCUAAUAAUAACAAAAAAAAAAUCUUGUUCA